GUCAGUCUGGCCGGCUCCGUCCUCCCGUAGGCUCCGCUGUAGCUCGCAAUGUGACACCAGGACGCACUCGCUCUCGCGCGCUCUCCCAGGCUCGUUCUCCCUCGCCCUCUCUCACACACGCACGCACACACCCACCUCUCCCAUAAACACACACACACACAUGCACACCCACACCCACGCGCGCCCGUACCGCCCCACGCGCGCACACUCCUGCCCACGCCCACGCAGCGCUCCGGGGAGUCCGGUCCGGGCGAGAGCGCGAAAGGAUACCGAGAAGCCACCCGCGGGGAGCCCAGCGGCGCUCCGGGACGCGGCGCUCACCCGGCGCUGCUGCCUCGGCUCGGACUCGGCCUGGGGGCCGCCGGCCGGCGAUGGCCCUGGAUUAUCUGCUACUGCUCCUCCUGGCAUCCGCAGUGGCUGCGAUGGAAGAAACAUUAAUGGACACCAGAACGGCUACUGCAGAGCUGGGCUGGACGGCCAAUCCUGCGUCAGGGUGGGAAGAAGUCAGUGGCUACGAUGAAAACCUGAACACCAUCCGCACCUACCAGGUGUGCAAUGUCUUCGAGCCCAACCAGAACAAUUGGCUGCUCACCACCUUCAUCAACCGGCGGGGGGCCCAUCGCAUCUACACAGAGAUGCGCUUCACUGUGAGAGACUGCAGCAGCCUCCCUAAUGUCCCAGGAUCCUGCAAGGAGACUUUCAACUUGUAUUACUAUGAGACUGACUCUGUCAUUGCCACCAAGAAGUCAGCCUUCUGGUCUGAGGCCCCCUACCUCAAAGUAGACACCAUUGCUGCAGAUGAGAGCUUCUCCCAGGUGGACUUUGGGGGAAGGCUGAUGAAGGUAAACACAGAAGUCAGGAGCUUUGGGCCUCUUACUCGGAAUGGUUUUUACCUCGCUUUUCAGGAUUAUGGAGCCUGUAUGUCUCUUCUUUCUGUCCGUGUCUUCUUCAAAAAGUGUCCCAGCAUUGUGCAAAAUUUUGCAGUGUUUCCAGAGACUAUGACAGGGGCAGAGAGCACAUCUCUGGUGAUUGCUCGGGGCACAUGCAUCCCCAACGCAGAGGAAGUGGACGUGCCCAUCAAACUCUACUGCAACGGGGAUGGGGAAUGGAUGGUGCCUAUUGGGCGAUGCACCUGCAAGCCUGGCUAUGAGCCUGAGAACAGCGUGGCAUGCAAGGAAGGUCCUUGCUUCCUCUUCAACUUCCACCAUGAUUGUAAGUUUCCUGAGGCCUCCUCAGCCAUGCGGAACUCUUGCCCUGCAGGGACAUUCAAGGCCAGCCAGGAAGCUGAAGGCUGCUCCCACUGCCCCUCCAACAGCCGCUCUCCUGCAGAGGCGUCUCCCAUCUGCACCUGUCGUACCGGUUAUUACCGAGCGGACUUUGACCCUCCAGAAGUGGCAUGCACUAGCGUCCCAUCAGGUCCCCGCAAUGUUAUCUCCAUCGUCAAUGAGACGUCCAUCAUUCUGGAGUGGCACCCUCCAAGGGAGACAGGUGGGCGGGAUGAUGUGACCUACAACAUCAUCUGCAAAAAGUGCCGGGCAGACCGCCGGAGCUGCUCCCGCUGUGACGACAAUGUGGAGUUUGUGCCCAGGCAGCUGGGCCUGACGGAGUGCCGCGUCUCCAUCAGCAGCCUGUGGGCCCACACCCCCUACACCUUUGACAUCCAGGCCAUCAAUGGAGUCUCCAGCAAGAGUCCCUUCCCCCCACAGCACGUCUCUGUCAACAUCACCACAAACCAAGCCGCCCCCUCCACCGUUCCCAUCAUGCACCAAGUCAGUGCCACUAUGAGGAGUAUCACCUUGUCAUGGCCACAGCCGGAGCAGCCCAAUGGCAUCAUCCUGGACUAUGAGAUCCGGUACUAUGAGAAGGAACACAAUGAGUUCAACUCCUCCAUGGCCAGGAGUCAGACCAACACAGCAAGGAUUGAUGGGCUGCGGCCUGGCAUGGUUUAUGUGGUACAGGUGCGUGCCCGCACUGUUGCUGGCUACGGCAAGUUCAGUGGCAAGAUGUGCUUCCAGACUCUGACGGACGAUGAUUACAAGUCAGAGCUGAGGGAGCAGCUGCCCCUGAUUGCUGGCUCGGCAGCAGCCGGGGUCGUGUUCGUUGUGUCCUUGGUGGCCAUCUCUAUCGUCUGUAGCAGGAAACGGGCUUAUAGCAAAGAGGCUGUGUACAGCGAUAAGCUCCAGCAUUACAGCACAGGCCGAGGCUCCCCAGGUAUGAAGAUCUACAUUGACCCCUUCACUUAUGAGGAUCCCAACGAAGCUGUCCGGGAGUUUGCCAAGGAGAUUGAUGUAUCUUUUGUGAAAAUUGAAGAGGUCAUCGGAGCAGGGGAGUUUGGAGAAGUGUACAAGGGGCGUUUGAAACUGCCAGGCAAGAGGGAAAUCUAUGUGGCCAUCAAGACCCUGAAGGCAGGGUACUCAGAGAAGCAGCGUCGGGACUUUCUGAGUGAGGCGAGCAUCAUGGGCCAGUUCGACCAUCCCAACAUCAUUCGCCUGGAGGGUGUGGUCACCAAGAGUCGGCCUGUCAUGAUCAUCACAGAGUUCAUGGAGAAUGGUGCAUUGGAUUCUUUCCUCAGGCAAAAUGACGGGCAGUUCACCGUGAUCCAGCUUGUGGGUAUGCUCAGGGGCAUCGCUGCCGGCAUGAAGUACCUGGCUGAGAUGAAUUAUGUGCAUCGGGACCUGGCUGCGAGGAACAUUCUGGUCAACAGUAACCUGGUGUGCAAGGUGUCCGACUUUGGCCUCUCCCGCUACCUCCAAGAUGACACCUCAGAUCCCACCUACACCAGCUCCUUGGGAGGGAAGAUCCCCGUGAGAUGGACAGCUCCAGAGGCCAUCGCCUACCGCAAGUUCACUUCAGCCAGCGACGUUUGGAGCUAUGGGAUCGUCAUGUGGGAAGUCAUGUCAUUUGGAGAGAGACCCUAUUGGGAUAUGUCCAACCAAGAUGUCAUCAAUGCCAUCGAGCAGGACUACCGGCUGCCCCCACCCAUGGACUGUCCAGCUGCUCUACACCAGCUCAUGCUGGACUGUUGGCAGAAGGACCGGAACAGCCGGCCCCGCUUUGCAGAGAUUGUCAACACCCUAGACAAGAUGAUCCGGAACCCGGCAAGUCUCAAGACUGUGGCAACCAUCACCGCCGUGCCUUCCCAGCCCCUGCUCGACCGCUCCAUCCCAGACUUCACGGCCUUUACCACCGUGGAUGACUGGCUCAGCGCCAUCAAAAUGGUCCAGUACAGGGACAGCUUCCUCACUGCUGGCUUCACCUCCCUCCAGCUGGUCACCCAGAUGACAUCAGAAGACCUCCUGAGAAUAGGCGUCACCUUGGCAGGCCAUCAGAAGAAGAUCCUGAACAGCAUUCAUUCUAUGAGGGUCCACAUGAGUCAGUCACCAACGGCAAUGGCAUGAGAACUCUUGUUUCUUGGGGAAGGAGAGGAGGGAAAAGGACCAAGGUCAAGGGGGACCAGAGGUUGACUACCGUGGAAUGUACUGGACAGAUUGGCUUCUCAGCUGAGGAAUGCAUUUCCAUCAGUGAAGAAUCAACUGGACCUGUUGCUAGUAGGCAACCUUCAUUCCUCAGUGACAGAAGCAUGUUUGAGAUGCCGUGGGAAACCAAAUAUAUAAUAAUAAAAAUAUAAAAAGGUGAUGUUCAACAGAAGUGAAGACAAAACAACAUGCAUCAGGAGAACAAGAGUAAACCCAGCUCCCACCCUCAGUGGACUGGAGUUGUCCAUCCACAGGAAGAAAGGGAAGGAGGUAGAGGGAAGAAACAGAAGCAGUGUUCCAUUUUCUUCCUCACCAAUGACAUUCUUUUCUUUUCUCCUUUUGUACUCCUCCCUGAGAGUCCCCUCCCUUCUCCCACACUACCUUUGCUCAUGACUCCUGUAGGGAAGUUUCUUCAAACAAAACCCAGCUCCUGAGUCUCCAGAUGUUGUUCUGUCAGUUGCCAAAGGACUUUGCUGACCACUGCAUGGGGAUCCAACCAAUUCAAUUAAUGUCUUCAUAUUGAAGAAGAGAUGUACCUUCAAUUGAAAACCUCGUUUUUCUUUUGUUUGCAUUUUCUGCAAAAAGGAAAAAGAAACCACAAAUUGGGGAAAAAAAAGAAGAAAAACCUGUUUCCGUGUGCAAAAGCACACAUAUGUAUGUCUGUGUUAUCAAAUGACUGUGCUUGUUUGUAACAGAUGCAAACAAGAAAGAAGAACUGGGAAGUCUUUGUCCCUAGGAAAUCCAAAGGGGCUGGAAUGUGGUGUUGGUUUGGCUUUCUGGUUGGCCUAAUCGGCCUAUUGGCUCAAUGGGAAGAGAGGAGAAGGAGAAAAAUAAAAUGAAAGGAAAAAAAAAGUUUGCAAAUUCAGACAGGAAACAGGUGAGUGGUUUGAAUUGGAUGCAGUGUGGGCCAUCCUGGAAUGAUACUGACUGAUGAUUAAUUAUUCCUGAUAACAUCUGAAGAAAAGGAGAAGGAAAGUGUGUCUGGAGAAUGUUCUUUCACAUCACUGGAAUCUGCAAUUCAAGAAGUGACAAGGGAGAAUUCUUGCUUUACCUAUGGACUGGCUUAAGCCGUGUGGCAUCCGAGGAAUGUUUCCAAUGUGUCUGUGUUUCUCUUUACAUUCCUUAUUGUGUACCUCAUUGUUCAAUUCACUUUUGUAAAUUCCACCUAACAUUUAAUUAUUUUUAAUUUCUCCUUUUACCUUAAUCUCCUUGCUAAUUUUAUCUGUCUAAUUAAAAAGAGCAGAAGCAUGUCUGGGUUUACGUAAAA